AUGCUUGUACCUGAUCGUAAUUCAUCUACAUCUGUAACAACAAAUAAUAUAAAAAAACGUUCGACAAUAUCAAAACAACGAAAAUCAAAAAAAAUUCGUAAUGAUUAUGAUGAUAAUGAUUUAUCAAAAGAUGGAGAAAAUUCUUUAUCACAAUCUAUAUUUGAUGAUCAAUCAUCAUCAUCAAGAACACCAUUAACUGGUCAAAAAAUAACUGAUUCUCAAUUACCACGUGGUACUAUAUUAACUGAUUUAAAUGAUGAUGGUGAUGAUAAUAUUGAUGAUCAACAAAUUCAAGGUAAUGAUUUAUAUCAAAUAAAAAAAUUUCAUGAACCUGAAGCAUGUGAACAAACACAUCAUAUUAUUAUUCCAAGUUAUUCAGCAUGGUUUGAUUAUAAUUCAAUAAAUGCAAUUGAAAAACGUUCAUUAAUUGAAUUUUUUAAUUCAAAAAAUCGUUCAAAAACACCUGAAAUUUAUAUGGCUUAUAGAAAUUUUAUGAUUGAUACAUAUCGUUUAAAUCCAAAUGAAUAUUUAUCUAUAACAGCAUGUCGAAGAAAUUUAGCUGGUGAUGUAUGUGCUAUUAUGCGUAUACAUGCAUUUCUUGAACAAUGGGGUUUAAUUAAUUAUCAAGUUGAUGUUGAUUUACGUCCAACAUCAAUGGGACCACAUUCAACAUCACAUUUUACUCUUUUAAAUGAUACAUCAAUAGGUUUAAUAAAUAAAGGAAUACAACGAGAAAAUUCAGCAUCAAAACAAAUAGCAGAUUUAAAACAAGAAGCUAAAAAAGAAGAACGUGAUAUUGAAAGUACAUUAGGUUUAAGAACUGAUCAAUAUAAUAAAAAACUUAAUUUGAAUACAAAAACAAAAACUAAAGAUUGGUCAGAUCAAGAAAUUCUUCUUUUACUUGAAGGUCUUGAAAUGUAUAAAGAUGAUUGGAAUAAAGUUUGUGAACAUGUUGGUACACGUACACAAGAUGAAUGUAUAUUAAAAUUUCUUCAAUUACCAAUAGAAGAUCCAUAUUUAGAAGGAAAUGGUUGUUCAUCAGGUUCAUUUGCAUAUCCAACAAUACCAUUUAGUCAAAGUGGUAAUCCAGUUAUGUCAACAGUUACUUUUCUUGCAUCAGUUGUUGAUCCACGUGUUGCUAGUGCUGCAGCUAAAGCAGCUUUAGAAGAAUUUUCUAAAAUGCAUGAUGAUACAUCAAAUCAUACAAAUAAAGAAAUAAAUGAUAAUUCAAAAUUAAUUGAAUUAAAUAAUAGUAAUGAAGAAUCAUCAAAAAUUAAACAAGAAAAAAUAGAUAUUAAUGAUGAAAAAAAUAUUAAUGAUGAUCAAUUAAAACAAAUUGAAAUGAAUGAAAAUGAAGAAAUACAAACAAAUAAUGAUGAAAUAAUAUCAUCAACAUCAACUAUUCCAAAACCUAUAAUACAAUCUGAUCAACAAGAUCCAAGAAAAUUAUUAGCAGCUGAAAUUAAUGAUCGAGAUAUUCAAGCAGCAGCAGCAAGUGCAUUAGCAGCAGCUUCUGUUAAAGCUAAAGUAUGUUUGUGUGAAGAAAAAGAAGAUUUUAUUAAAAAUAGAGAAUCAUAUUGA